CAAGGGGAGAGGGGAGAGGAGCGAGCGAGGAAGAUGGCGCAGGUGUGGGCGGUGUCCCUGGCCGUGGCGUCGCUCGCCAUCGGCAUGCUCGGGGUGCUCGGCGUCUGGCUCUGCUACCUCUUCGACGCCGUGGCGCGGGGCCGCGCGCCCCGGACCCCGCCGCCCACACCCCAGGUGGCUUCCGAGGAGGACGGCAAGAACGGGCUCUCGGAGGCGGAGCUGAUGCGGCUCGGCGGGGUCGCCGUGCUGGGGUCCGCGGAUAGCGGGGAGGAGGAGGAGGGGGAGGCGCUCUGCCCGAUCUGCCUCGACGCCAUGGAGCCCGGCCGCGCCGUGCGCGUGCUCCCCGGCUGCAACCGCGCCUUCCACCAGGACUGCGUCGACCGAUGGCUCGCCAUCUCGCCGCGCUGCCCUGUAUGCAACGUAUGGGCCGCGCCGCCGCGGUCGCCCGCGUCCUCGCCGCGGGCGCCAAAGACCAGCUGGGAUUCUUAAGGUGCGGGCGGCGCGUCUUCUCUGGCGCCUGGCGGGUCAGUUCUUGGUUCUUGACGAGUUCUUCGUUGGGUUCUGAUCGUCGAUCAAGAAGCCUUCUUGAUGAACUCUCGCCGGUUUCGUACUUCUGGAGAGCGAUUCUUGACGAAUUCUUCUCGGCUACUUUGAUUUAGUGAAGGAUUCUUGGACGGGAUUGCAUGUACAUCGACUCAAUCCUCGAAUUCCUGUUCCAGAUCAGUAGGUUUUGCAGUUUUAGUUCUUAUCAAUUCGACAGACAUUU